ACAAAGCAGAAGCACUCUCCGGAUCCAUAUUCGCCUCUGUAUGGCAUCCAACAACAUGGAAAAAACAACUUCAGAAAAAAAUAGUUUGACAGAUAAUCUACAUAUCUUACUGGAUCCAGAUUGUACACAAGAGGAAGCAAUUAGUGUGUAUGACUCUUGGACCACAUAUGAUGAGGACGUUAUUGGACAUGCAUAUAAUGGCCAUAAACAUGCGCUGAAAACAGUAAUGAAACUGGGGAUCGGAAAAGAGGCGAGAAUACUUGAUGUGGCUGCUGGCACUGGAUUAGUUGGUACAGAGUUAUAUGAACAUGGCUAUACAAAUAUUGACGCACUAGAUGCUUCCAAGGAGUUACUUGCCACUGCAGAGAAGAAGAGGGUUUACAAAAAACUGAUGUGCCUCGCUCUCGGGGAGGACAAACUGGACAUAGAUGAAGAUACAUAUGAUGUUGUGACUUGCUGUGGUUGCUUUGGUUACGGUCACAUACAACCUAACCAUCUAAACGAGAUUGUACGCAUCGCCAAACCAGAGUUUACAUUGAAUAAAAUGGAAAGGAAGAUUAUUCGAAGCGAUUUUGAUGAUAUGAUGAAAAUGCUCCAGGAACCAGGUCAUGAGAAAGAUGAAGUUCUUGGUGUCUAUGAUCACUGGGCAAACAAUUAUGAACAAGACAAUUCUCUGAUAGGAUACAGAGGGCCGCAGCUAACAGCAAAUAUGGUAUCGAAACUAGUGGAGAACAAAGACGAUAGAAUAUUAGAUGUCGGGGCAGGAACAGGAUUAGUUGGCAAAGAGUUGCAUAAACUUGGAUAUACCAAUCUAGAUGCACUUGAACCUUCAAGAGAAUUGUUGCAUAUUGCUAAGAACAAAGGGAUCUACAAGAAACUAUUUUGUGAAGGUUACUACUCGGCGGUAACUGCAUCUGGCUGUUUUGCUCCUGGUCAUAUGCCACCUGAAGCCCUACGAGAAUGUGUUCGCAUUGUUAAACAAGAUGGAUACAUAAUUUUCCUGAUGAGAGAGGUACACUGGAAUAGUUUAUGCGACAAACUUCAAGAAGUAAUCCAAGACUUAAAAGCGAGGAAAAUGGUGUCAGACAUCCAUGUGGAGCCAGUUCCAGAAUAUCACAUCGCUACUGAGCAUAAAAAUGGCAGAACCUUACUCAAGUCCAUUAAAAUUUGUACCGGAAAAGAAGCAGCGGCUGUCCACAAAUUGGGAGAAAUGUGUGAUAUGUCAGCAGAGCAGCAAAGAAAACUUGUUACACCAACAAAAGUGGCACAAGCUCGUAAAGACUUCACUAUGCUUGCUAAAAUUGAAGGAGAAGACCUCAUUGCAACUGAUGCUAUUUAUCACAGAUCCUGCAUGGCAAGUUAUACAAGCAAGCAUAAUAUCAGUGCUUCACAGAAAAUGGAUGUAGGAGAGAACAUAUUUCAGAAGGCAUUUAUGGCGCUGCGGGGACAGUCCAAGUCAAGUAUUGUUGUCAGUAGUAGUGUCAGCUUAGGAGAUGCUGUCCGAGCCUUUGCUCAACUGAAAGAGGAGUUCAACUAUUAUGAGAUGACACUUGGUUCUGCUGAAGAACAAUCAAAUGUUCCAGUGAAUUCUGAAAGUUUGCUUCAUUCCGUCAUUGGGGUGCUUAGGCAAGAAAUAGCAGAGAUUGAAAAACCAACUGAAUACUUCACUGCUGCUGAAAUCGGCUUGAAAACAUCCCAAAAAUUAGUACCAGAGCUUUUACAGAAGGCUUUCCUUUGGUUGCUCGGCAAAGAUGCAUUUGAAUCUGAUGAUUCAAACUACCAGCCAUCAGAGAAAGUACAAAGAAGAGUCUUAGCUCUUGCAGAAACCCUUGGAAAGGAUGAACUUAAAAGAAUGCAACAUCGCAUAUAUAUACCACAUGGCUUAGUCUCACAGCAACAUAGAGGAAAGCUUAUUCAAGAAGGUGAUGACAAUAUUUACAUCAACUGUGCAACAGUUGAUGGAAAGGGAACAUUUCAUUCCAUGGCUCGUGUUGUAUUUCAGGAACAAGCAAUUGAUAGAGAUGUCAUUUGCCCGGAAGACAGGGUGAAGAUUGGCCAAGAGAAGUCACUGUCUCUUGACUGUGAAUGA